UUUGUGCUCCACCGGCUGCCGUCUUCUUCCAGCAGGGAAACCAAAGCGACUGUCAAUAGUUACACUUGCAAUGAGGUAUGCGAGUCUGCCGGAGUGAGCGUGUGUUCAUGCAGAGCGGAGCAAGGUCUAUUCUUGCCUAUAGCGUGACCGUUUGCACAGGUUUGUGCAGUGACGCGGCUCUUUAGACUUGCCAGCUUUGCAUGAAGUCCCCGGUGUGCAUCAACGGGAGAAGCCGGACUUGUGAGCCGUGCACCACGUUGGUCUCGCUGCCGCAAGAUGGAUGCAGGUCGGUCUGAUCCUGUACGAUCCCAGAAGUGAACCGAACGGGGUCCUUCCCGUGCCUGCCCUGGAAGUUUGUGAGUGGGUUUGAAACCAUCAGCAAGCCAAAUGUCUCUCCACGAGUUCUUGCGGGAGGGCAGCGAGGCGUCGUACCGGAUCAUGAACCGGCUCAGUCUUCUGAUCCAGAACUUGGACAUCUCGGGGCUGGGCUCUUCUUUCCCUUUCAGUCCGGCCAGCCGUAAGAAUUCCUGGAGACACUGGGAUGAUGAGAUCAUGCAAUUGGACAGCAGCCCUCUCCGUGCUGCUGACAUCACUCCUGAACUCAGGAGGCAGUUUGCUUUUCUUUCAGGAGGAAGAGGAGACAACGGCAGCCCCAUCAUUGUGUUCCCAGAAUUCCCGUCCUUCGGCGAGAUCACUGACAGAGAGUUUCACAAUGUCCUCACCUACCUGACAAGUGUCCCCAGUUUGCCAUCAACAGACGUGGGCUUCAUCCUCGUCAUCGAUCGCCGGCAGGACCGAUGGGCGGCCGUCAAAGGGACCCUGCUUCGGAUCGCGGGCGCGUUCCCUGGAAACCUUCAACUGGUUCUGGUCCUGAGGCCCACCACUCUCCUCCAGCGCACACUCUCCGACAUCCUAUUUAAGUUCAACAAGGAUGAGUUCAAAAUGAAAGUGCCUGUGAUCAUGCUGAGCUCGGUGAGUGAGCUUCACUCGUACAUCGACCACACACAGCUGAGCCAGGAACUCGGUGGAACGCAGGCAUACUGUCAUGAGAAGUGGAUCACUCAACGCAUCGCUAUCGAGGGCUUUGCCUUGAUGGUGAAGAAGAUGGCCCAGGACCUUCAGUCGUUUGGCGCUGAGCUGGCUGAAACAGAACUCCCCAGUGAGACGCAGGCCACCGGCCUCCUCCUCAGUGCACACGGCAGCAAGAAAGACAAGAUGAAGGAUGAUCUGCUGGUGGCUCUGAAGCAAGGUAGCAGGCUGUUGGAGAGCAUCAAUGAACCUUUGAUGCACAACCCUGACCACAGCAUGAACCAGGACGAACUGGAGAACCUGGCAACAGUGCAGAGACUGCUGUCUCAGUUGGACGAGACGGAAAGGGCUUUUGACGAGUUCUGGGGGAAGCACCGUGCCAAACUGGAGCAGUGUCUGAAGCUCCGCCACUUCGAGGACGACUAUAAGGAGGUCAGGCUUCUGCUGGAUCAGCUAUCUGAGAAACUGGCCACCUUUUCCGAGGUGGGGAUCAGUCCCGCUCAUGCCGACCAUAUCCUCAAUGAUCUCAACACCUAUGAGGAGAGAGUCUGUGAGGUACUGGACAGAGCUUUGGCUUUGGCCCAUGAAGGUGAUGACCUCAUCCAAAAGGCUCACUACGCUCAGGAUUCCAUUGUGUCGAAAACCAGUGAGCUACGGACACUCUGUCAGGAAUUGAGCAACAACCUGAGGGCAAAAAAAGAGCUGCUCCUCAAAGCCCGAGAACUGCAUCGCUGCUUGGAGAGGGCUUCAAAGUGGUGCGAUGAUGGCAUUUUCCUGCUGGCCUCCCAGCCCGUGGACAAGUGUCAAUCACAUGAGGGGGCGGAGUCAGCCCUGCAGGAGUUGGAGGGGUUCCUGGCGGACGCAGGCCGGGACCGACUGUCGGACCUGAGUAGCAUCUUUUCAGAUUAUGAGGCAGUGCUUGACCAGCAGCUCAGGGACCAAAUGGAAAGGGUGUUGCAAAAGCAAGCAUCCAUGCAGGAGAUGUUUGACAAGCGGAGGGUCAGUCUGAACAAGCUGGCAGCCAAGCAGACCAGGCCAGUGCAGCCGGUCGCUCCCAGACCUGAAGCCUUCAUCAAAUCUCCUCUCAGCUCACCUGCACACAAAGGUAAACUGGAUAGAAGCCACUCCGAGGCAAACAAUGCAAGCUACGACAAAGGAGACCAGCAGCAGAUUGGAGAGGGUAAACGCAGACACGGUUCUCUGUCGGAAGAAGAGGAGAACUUGGCUGUGCUCAGGAGGCAUGUCAUGAACGAGCUGCUGGAAACGGAGAGGGCUUAUGUGGAGGAACUGCUGUGUGUCCUCCAGGGGUAUGCCUCCGAGAUGGAUAACGCUGCAAUGGCGCACCUCAUCCCUGCCCAUUUGCAGAACAAAAAGGAGGUUUUGUUUGGCAACAUGCCAGAAAUCUACCACUUCCACAAGAGGACAUUUCUGAGGGAGUUGGAGCUAUAUGCAGACUGUCCAGAACUAGUUGGGAGAUGUUUCCUGCAAAGGAUGACAGACCUGCAGAUCUACGAGAAGUACUGUCACAACAAGCCUCGCUCUGAAAGCCUCUGGAGGCAGUGCUCCGACUGCGCCUUCUUCCAGGUACUAUCAGCACAUGCACGGGAUUAUUGUUUGCUUGAGUGUUUGACGUCUUUAUUUGACAAUCUUCACCAGGAGUGUCAGAAAAAGCUGGAGCACAAACUUGGCUUGGAUUCCUAUUUGCUGAAGCCUGUGCAGAGAAUCACCAAAUACCAGCUUCUGUUGAAGGAAAUGCUUAAGUACAGUAAAGGCUGUGAAGGUACAGAGGACCUGCAAGAGGCUCUAACCUCCAUCUUGGGCAUCCUCAAAGCUGUCAAUGACUCCAUGCACCUCAUCGCCAUUACAGGAUAUGAGGGCAACCUGAGCGAGCUGGGCAAGCUGCUAAUGCAGGGCUCGUUCAGUGUGUGGACGGAACACAAGAAAGGCCACGCCAAGGUCAAGGACCUGGCCCGCUUCAAGCCCAUGCAGAGACACAUCUUCCUGCACGAGAGGGCCCUUCUCCUCUGUAAGCGGAGGGAGGAGAGCGGGGAGGGCUACGAGAAGGCUCCCUCCUACAGCUUCAAGCAGUCACUCAGCAUGAACGCUGUGGGCAUUACCGAAAAUGCUAAGGGAGACAACAAGAAGUUUGAAAUCUGGUGUAACUCCAGAGAAGAGGUCUACAUUGUGCAGGCACCAACAGCUGACGUGAAAACCACCUGGGUGAAGGAGAUAAGGAAGGUUUUGACAACUCAGCUGGAAGCGUGCAGAGAAGCAAGUCAGCAGAGGGCGCCAGAUCAGAUUAUCCAAUGUCCGCCAGUGGCAGGAGGACCAGAGAAUCAAAGCAGCAGCCCAUUCAAGGUGGGCCAGAGGAGUUUGAAAAAGGGAGACGAGAGGAAAGCAGAGCACUGCAGCCUCGAUGCCAAUUCAUCUCCUUUUCCAAAGUCAGCGGGCAAAGAGAGAGCCACAAGCCCUACCUCAGACAGAAGCGCCGCAGCUAAAAAACGCUUUACUUUACAGGGCUUCAGUAACCUCAAAGCUCAGAAAGAACCGCCGAGCGCAGAUGAUAAAAGUUUCACCUUGCCCAUCACCAUUCUGCUGUGUCCAGGAUCCGCGACGAGCCCCGAUCACAGGACCAAGCGCCAGAGCGACCCGACGCCGUUCGGCUUUAAAGGCUGGAACAAGGCCUCCCUCUCGAUGGACGCGUCGGAGGAACACGAAGGCUACUCCAGCGGUGAGGAUCCUCUCAACUCUGACCCAGAGGACGACAAUGCCAGGAAGCUGUGCGCCGGUAAAUACACGGCGACGGGCGACUACGAGAAGGGUUCCACUCAAGAGGUGGCGGUGAAAAUGGGAGACACGGUGCAGCUGGUGAAGGAGGGCGAGGACGGACAGUGGUUAGUGCGUAACCUGAACACCUGCGCAGAGGGCUGGAUGGCCACGGCUCAUUUGGUCACCCUCGUCUCCAAGUCCAAGUCGUGCCAGUCACUCACCAGCUCAGAAGGCAGCGGAUCAGGACACCUCAGCACAUCAUCCAGUUGCAGCGAAACCUGCACGCCUUUUACCGACGUCAAAUCUUGAGCUGACCGGCACUUCCCUCGCGCGUAGCCAUGCCACUCCCUCCCUCUGUGCUGUCUAUGUUAACAUUCGGACUUACCCAUUAAAACCAGCGUAUUUUCAGUCAUCCACACAAAAGCAUCCUGCGCCCUUGACGGGAGAAGCAUAGUUUAUUUGAAUGACAUACGGUAGGUACCGUAUGUCACGACGACGUUACAGAUGUAACGGGCCAGCAGGACUGAUCUCAGUUAAUAUGUCCGUCAUGGAUGUGAACUAAUAAUUCCACUGUGAGAGCACAUUUAAAAGAUGGACAAUUACAUGCAGCUAAUUUAGCUGCUGUGUUACAUAUUUAUUUAUAAGAAAUGCAAGAAAUACACAAAUGUCACUUUUGUCACUUUUACUUCCAAUAUCAUAUUUUUUUACUACUUGUCUGUCGUUCGCUGUCAUUAGAAUAUUUUUCCACCAUGUUUGAGUUACAUGUACACCACAAUCUACAAAAUGAAAAUGUGUAUAAUCAGAGGUGACUUGUAUAGCGCUAACUUAUUCCCUUCAUCUCUGGAUGUAGAUAUUGUUCAUUCAUGGCUGUCAUGAGAUGUUUAUUAUUGGAGCUGCUAUAUUGUACAUUAUGUAUGGUGAGUUCACUGCCCUGUGACUUUUUUUUGUACUAUAAAAAAAAAAAAAACUUGAUGAUAAUAAGCUCAUGUUUUGUUGUUUUUGUGUGUGAGAGGACAUUGCAAAAUAAAAGAAUAAAUCGGUUCAUGGGGUCGUAGCGCUAGUGGCUAGCUAGCACUUCUGCCUCACGGUCCUCACAGGUUC